AUGCCCCUGACUCUGUCACUCAUCCUCUGGCCUUUAGUGGGCUUCUGUCUCUACGUUGCCAUCAUUACAACAUGGUAUACCCUCUUCAGUCCUCUCCGUGUCAUCCCAGGCCCAAAGUCAUGGACCUUCUUCCCCAUUUUACGGCACAUCUCCGCCAUCCUCGGCCGCUUUGACACCGAUAUGCGCCGCUUCCACGCCCAAUACGGCCCGGUCGUACGCUUUGGUCCGAGAGAAGUCUCGUUUAUAACUGCUGACGCCUGGAAAACCAUCUAUGGUCAUGGACACACCCAGCUGCCGAAAUAUAUGCACUCUGCUGCAGACCCGCAGUCCAUCAUCUCUACAAACGACACUGACCACUCACGCUACCGCAGGGCUCUAUCGCAUGCAUUCUCGGCCAGAGGACUGCAGGAGCAGGAGCCCCUGAUCCAGAGCUAUGUCGAUAAGCUGAUUGUACGUCUGAAAGGCGUUGCGGAAUCGGGUCGUCCGGAAGACAUGGUCAAGUGGUUUAAUCUCACCACUUUUGAUAUCAUCGGUGACUUGGCCUUUGGAGAGCCAUUUGGUGGUCUCGAUAGCGCAGAGUAUCACCACUGGGUAUCGACGAUUUUCCAAUCUAUCAAGGUGAAUCCGUUUAUACUACUCAAAGACAAUUACCCUAUGCUCGGCUGGCUCCUGCUUCGCGCCUUUGUACCAGAGACCCUCAGGCAGGCGAAAAAGAGACAAAUCGAGCACUCGCGGGUUACUGUGCAGAAGAGGCUCUCCUCAGAUAUCCACACCCGGCCUGACUUUAUGGACUCGAUGCUCCGCAGUCGCCACUAUACUUACAACCAGAACGACUGGAAAAAGGCCCCAGACGCGUUGACUGACUCCGAGAUCGUGUCGAAUUCGAAUAUUCUGAUCAUAGCCGGCAGCGAAACGACCGCGACGCUGCUGUCGGGAGUGACGUACUGGAUCCUUCGGAACCCAAGAGUGCUGAGCAGAGUCGUGUGCGAAGUCCGCUCUGUCAUGAAGAGCGAAGCCGACAUCACCGUCCAGAAAGUCUCGACCGAGCUGCCGUACCUGCUCGCUUGCUUUGACGAGGCGUUCAGACUGUACCCGCCCGUCCCGACUGGCCUGCAGCGGAGGACAUUAGCUCCUACAUUUAUUUCUGGAUAUGAGAUGCCCCCAGGAACCAUUGUUUCCGUCCACCAAUCCGGCGCGUACAGAUCCGAAAGCAACUUCCAUCUCCCCAACAACUUCAUCCCCGAGAGGUGGCUCCCAGACGCAAAGACCAACCCGUCCUCCCAAUUCUACCAUGAUAACCGGGCGGUCGUGCAGCCAUUUUCCGUCGGCCCGCGGAACUGCAUUGGGCGGAACCUUGCCUUUGCGGAGAUGCGUGUGAUUCUUGCCCGGGUGCUCUGGAACUUCGACCUUGAGCUAUGUAAGGAAAGCGAGAACUGGAGUGAUCAGAAGUCAAAGCUAUGGGCGCAGCCGGACCUGGCCACCGAGGAAGCCAUCCGUCUGCAUUGA